AUGGACCAGGGAGAUAAGGCUUCUGUGGGGAAAACCUGGGAGUGGCUGAGCACCUCCGUGUGGGGAGGCAUGACUCAUUUGCUUGCUGUCUAUAGACAACUGAAUGAGGAGGGGAUGCUGAAAUUGGCGGGCAGACCAGAUUUUCGGAAGCAGGCUCCGACCAAAGCGCUGUGCGUGCUGGCCUCCAUCGAAGUGUUGUACCUGUGGAAAGCCCUUCCCAACUGCUCCCUCCCCAACCUGCAGAGGAUGAGUCAAGCUUGCCACACGGUGGAUGAUUCAUCUGUCGUCGGAUUAAAGUAUUUGCUUCUUGGUGCCAUACACAAAUGUCUAGGAAACUCAGAAGAUGCUGUUCAGUUCUUCCAGCGAGCUGUUAAAGAUGAGUUGUGUCGUCAGAAUAACUUAUACGUUCAGCCAUAUGCCAGCUAUGAACUUGGCUGUCUUCUGCUAGACAAACCAGAGACCGUAGCAAGAGGCAGAACUCUACUUCUUCAAGCAAAGGAGGAUUUCUCUGGCUACGACUUUGAAAACAGAUUGCAUGUCCGCAUCCAUGCUGCUCUGGCCUCUCUGAGAGAAUUGGUGCCUCAGUGACGACACGGGGUUCCUGCUCUGUCCCUCCCCACCAGGUUCUGCACUUUAAAAUAAAAGCAAGAG